AUGGCAGAGGAGAACAAGACGUCAGUGACAGAGUUUGUUCUCACUGGACUCACAGAUCUCCCUGAACUUCGGACCCCUCUCUUCUUGGUGUUCUUAGUGAUCUGCCACAACAUGGUGGGGAAUAUUGGGCUGGCUGUGCUUGUUUGGAUGGACUCUCACCUUCACACACCCAUGUACAUAUUCCUCAGUAGUUUAGCUUUUUCAGAUGCUUUGACUUCCUCUUCAGUGACCCCUAAAAUGCUGGUGAAUUUCUUAACUAAGAAUAAAAUUAUGUCCUUUCUGGAAUGCAUAGCCCAAUUUUAUUUUUUUGGUGCCAGUGCAACCACAGAAUGUUUUCUCUUGGCAGUGAUGGCAUAUGACCUAUAUGUAGCCAUAUGCAACCCUCUCCUUUAUCCAGUGAGGAUGUCCAAUAGACUGUGCAGCCAGCUGGUGAUUAUUUCAAAUGUAGUUGGCUUUCUUCAUUCAAUGAUUCAUGUGGGUUUGUUAUUCAGAUUAACCUUUUGCAGGUCAACUAGUAUACAUUACUUCUAUUGUGAAAUCUUACAGUUGUUUAAAAUUUCCUGUACUGACUCAUCUAUUAACACACUGGUAGUUUUCAUUUUCUCUGCCUUUAUUCAAACUUUCACUUUUACGAUCAUCGUAAUCCCUUAGGCUUAUGUCCUCUCUGCUACCCUAAGGAUUAAAUCUGAAAAGGGAAGGAGCAAAGCCUUCUCGACAUGCAGUGCCCAUCUGCUCUCUGUCUCCUUAUUCUUUGGAACUCUUUUCUUUAUGUAUAUGUGUCCUGGAUCUGGCACUACUAAAAAUCAGGAUGUAACGUAUUCCUUGUUUUACACUAUCAUAAUCCCCCUGUUAAACCGAUUUAUCUACAGCCUGAGAAAUAAAGAGGUCCUUAGUUCCUGA